UAGCAGCUGUCACCUCGUCCUGAUCACAACGUUGCGGCCGUAGAGUGGUAAGAUACCCUGACAGUAAUGGCUACGUCUGGAUCUUUAAAUGGCGUAGAAGCUCUUGUCUUCGACGUGUUUGGAACUGUUGUUGACUGGCGAGGAAGUGUUUCGUCGGCCCUGCACGACCAAUAUCCCGACUUUCAAGACGACUGGGUCGCUUUCACAAAUGAGUGGAGACAAGGAUACUAUCAGAAGACCCGUAAUGUUGCUGGCGGAGCCGCCGGCUCAACUAACGUUGAUGUUGUCCACCGUGAGUUAUUGGAUGAGAUGCUCAAGAAUGAGCGUUGGGCCCAUCUUGCUGGCAAAUGGGACGACGACAAUCGUCGUGAACUUGCAUUGAUGUGGCACAAGCUGAAUGGCUGGCCGGACACAACGGAAGGUUUGUAUGCUUUGAAGAAAAAGGCUAUUAUCGGUACUCUUUCCAAUGGAAGUGCGCGGCUACUAGUUGAUAUGGCCAAGCAUGCCGAUCUUCCUUGGGAUAUUGUCUUCUCUGGAGAUAUCUUGGAUUCGUACAAGCCAUGUAUCUAGGAGCAGCACAGCGCCUUUCCUUGACUCCGGACAAAGUCGCGAUGGUUGCUGCCCAUAUCUAUGACCUACGUGCUGCCGCCAGUCAUGGUCUGAAGACUGUUUACGUCCGCCGAUCUGGCGAGGACCCGGCAGAGAUUCGUGAUCAAGUGAAACCCAAAGCUGAAGGCGGAGAAGUGGAUGUAGUUGUGGACACUUUCCUUGAACUCGCUGAUGUCCUCUGAAUUUCAAUGUUUGAACAACAACUGCACAAGGAUCUCGUAUUCCAUACCCAAAUGCCCGCGUCAGUUUGAUGCACGGAUGACUAACAAUAUGUAUUCUUUACCGCUAACGGAUGUUUCAAUAUAUGUACGUAUCAUCAUGUGGUCGUUCGUGCGGGAUUGGUCGGACGAUGGUCGGAGGCGACCGGUUCUGGUGAGUACAUAAUAUUGUGCCUAUGUGUUGAGAGCUGAGUUCUCUCAGCUUUAGAUUUUGCUCUCCUUGCUUAUAGGCGUUCUGUUUCAUAGCGUUCUGUUUCAUAGUGCCCAGGAUGACUGAAGGCCCAAUCUUGGGUGGCGUGGAAGCAUUUCUAUUUGACGUUUUUGGGACCGUAGUUGACUGGCGCGGAAGUCUUGCUGAGGGCCUGCGUAAUGCUAAUCCACACCUCGAAGAGGGCAUGUUUUCAUAAGAUAUUCUUCCGUGCCAUCUAUUCAUUGCGUUUAUGGUUUG